GUCAUUUACGGCUUGGAACGGUGUUGUUUUGGAAAUUGCACACAGCGAUUUAACGUUUGUGAAAAUGUUCUCUACAAACACCGGAAAAUACAAUGCCGAAAAGGCGGACGGCGAUGAUACCAACGAGAUCGGUUAUCGACAAUCACGAGAGAACGAUCAAAUCGAUCUCAAGUAUGGGUUCGAACGGGUCAAAGACACACAAGAACGCACAGGCUACCUCAUCAACAUACACUCGACGGAAAUUUUGAACGAGGACCGCCGACUGGUAGCCGCAUUAGAUAUGUACUUCUUACAAAUGGACGGAACUCGGUAUAAAACGACCGUGAUUUACGCUCCCUAUCUUCUGCUGAUUACGAACGAUGGAACCUCGUUGGAAGUGGCCAAGUUUCUAGGUAAAAAGUAUUCCGGUCAGUUGCUAGGCAUUGAACACAUUCAAAAGGAAGAUCUUGAUUUACCGAAUCAUCUCAGCGGUUUGAAGCAGAAUUUGUUAAAAUUGAGCUUUCCCAACACGACACAAAUGAAUAAGGUUAAGCGUGACCUGAACAGCGCGGUGCGCAAGAAUCGUGAGCGUGCAAAGGCCAAUACUUAUUACAUGCAAAUGUUAAGCACGUCUUUAUCGACGGCAAUUCGCUUCGAUGGUACUGAUGAAGGCGAAGGGAGCACACCGAAUCAGAAUGUGGAUUUCUACGACCAUAUUGUUGAUAUGCGUGAACAUGACGUACCGUACCACGUUCGCGUAUCCAUUGAUUUGAAUAUAUUUUGUGGCACUUGGUAUACAGUCCGGUGCCGUGGUGGAGAUGAGCCACCGGUUAUCACGCCUCGACCGGACAUUCUUGAUCGUCCGGAACCGGUCAUAUUAGCGUUCGAUAUCGAAACAACCAAGCUGCCGCUUAAGUUCCCCGAUGCGCAAACAGAUCAAGUCAUGAUGAUUUCCUACAUGAUAGAUGGACAAGGAUACUUGAUAACCAACCGCGAAAUCAUCAGUGGUGAUGUAAACGAUUUCGAAUAUACACCAAAGCCAGAGUUCGAAGGCAACUUUAUUGUUUUCAACGAACCUAACGAGCUUGGACUGCUGCAGAAAUUCUUCGAUCAUAUUCUGGAGGUUAAACCGCACAUUUUCGUAACGUAUAAUGGUGACUUUUUCGAUUGGCCGUUCGUCGAAACGCGGGCAGCUGUGUACGACUUGGACAUGCGACGAGAGAUAGGAUUUUCAAAGGUAAACGGCCGUGACGGUAAUUAUUUGUGUCGGCCUGCGAUGCAUCUGGAUUGUUUAUGCUGGGUGAAACGUGAUUCAUAUCUACCCGUCGGAUCGCAAGGACUGAAAGCGGUCGCUAAGAGUAAACUUCGCUACGAUCCCGUCGAGUUGGAUCCUGAAGAAAUGUGUCGUAUGGCGGUGGAACAACCGCAGGUAUUGGCAAACUAUUCUGUUUCAGAUGCGGUGGCAACAUACUAUCUGUACAUGAAAUACGUUCAUCCGUUCAUCUUUGCGUUGGCAACGAUUAUUCCGAUGGAACCUGAUGAAAUCCUGCGUAAAGGCUCCGGAACGCUGUGCGAAUCGUUACUUAUGAAAGAAGCAUUCAAGGUGAACAUCGUGUUCCCCAACAAGCAAAUCUCUGAGUUGAACAAACUUUCAGAUGAUGGGCAUGUACUGGACUCAGAAACGUAUGUCGGAGGACACGUGGAAGCACUCGAAUCGGGUGUGUUUCGAGCUGACAUUAGCACUCGUUUUCGACUCGAUCCUGAUAUGAUCAAACAAUUGCAAGGGAACGUUGAAAAGGUACUGGAGCACGCAAUUGUCGUUGAAGAAGGCGUUCCAAUAACGGACGUGAUAAACUUUGAAGAAAUUAAGUCAGAAAUAUUAUCGGCGCUCCAACAGUUACACGAUAUCCCAACGCGCCUAGAGCAGCCAGUUAUUUACCAUCUCGAUGUCGGAGCUAUGUACCCGAACAUUAUCCUUACAAAUCGUCUUCAACCGUCGUCCAUGGUGAGCGACGCGGAUUGUGCAGCAUGCGAUUAUAAUAAACCGGGUGCCCGAUGCAAACGAGACAUGGAAUGGUUGUGGCGUGGUGAAAUGCUACCAGCGAGCCGCAACGAAUUCCAGCGCAUUCAACAGCAGCUAGAGACGGAAAAAUUUCCACCACUUUUCCCCGGCGGUCCACAGCGUGCAUUUCACGAACUAUCACGAGAGGAUCAGGCAAAUUACGAGAAAAAAAGGCUGUCAGAUUACUGUCGAAAGGCGUACAAGAAAACAAAAGUGACGCGUUUGGAAACGCGAACCUCUACCAUCUGCCAGAAGGAGAACAGUUUUUACGUCGAUACAGUACGAGCGUUCCGCGAUCGGCGUUAUGAGUAUAAAGCGUUAACGAAGGUUGCUAAAGCAGCCGUAACGGCAGCGGUGAAGAGUGGCGAUGCAGGUGAAAUAAAGGCCGCUAAAGGACGUGAAGUGCUGUACGACUCACUGCAACUUGCACACAAAUGCAUCCUUAAUUCGUUCUAUGGAUAUGUAAUGCGCAAGGGCGCUCGAUGGCAUAGUAUGCCAAUGGCGGGAAUUGUCUGUCUGACAGGCUCGAACAUUAUCACAAAAGCGAGAGAAAUUAUCGAACGCGUUGGAAGACCACUUGAGCUGGACACCGACGGUAUAUGGUGCAUUUUGCCGGCAUCAUUUCCUCAAGAGUUUACGUUCCGAACAAACCACCAGAAAAAGAAAACUCUCAACGUUUCCUACCCAAACGCCGUUUUAAAUACUAUGGUAAAGGAUCACUUUACCAAUGAGCAGUAUCAUGUGCUGGACCGCCCAAAUUCCGCCGAUGGCAAAGGGGCCGAAUAUUCCGUUCGUUCAGAAAACUCGAUCUUCUUCGAGGUUGAUGGACCAUACUUAGCAAUGGUGCUACCAGCGGCCAAAGAGGAAGGUAAAAAGCUGAAGAAACGCUAUGCAGUAUUCAACUUCGAUGGGUCGUUGGCGGAGUUGAAGGGCUUUGAGGUGAAGCGACGAGGAGAGCUACAGCUGAUUAAAAUAUUUCAAUCAUCAGUUUUCGAAGCGUUUCUGCAAGGAUCUACCCUGGAGCAAUGUUACGCUUCUGUGGCGAAAAUCGCUGACUACUGGCUGGAUGUAUUAUACAGCAAAGGGCAUAACAUGCCGGACAGUGAACUCUUCGAACUGAUUGCAGAGAAUCGGUCAAUGUCACGGAAGCUAGAAGACUAUGGGGAACAGAAAUCAACUUCCAUCUCAACGGCGAAACGGUUGGCCGAGUUUUUGGGAGAUCAGAUGGUAAAGGAUGCUGGUCUGGCGUGUAAGUUUAUCAUUUCUCGCAAACCAGAAGGAGCCCCCGUCACAGAGAGAGCCAUACCGCUGGCAAUAUUUCAAUCGGAAAUAAGUGUACGGCGACACUAUUUGCGACGCUGGUUAAAGGACAAUACAAUGGGCGAUGCAGACAUUCGGGAUGUACUUGAUUGGAACUAUUACAUCGAACGUUUGGGAGGAACGAUUCAAAAAAUCAUUACCAUUCCGGCUGCAUUACAGGGUUUGAACAAUCCAGUUCCACGUGUACAGCAUCCAGAAUGGUUGCAUAAGAAAAUGUUGGAAAAAAAUGAUACCUUAAAGCAACGGCGCAUAAGUGAAAUGUUUAGCGUAGCACCACCAAAACCAGCAGCGACCGGCAACAACGAGCUUACCGACGUGGAAGAUUUAGUUAACAAACAAACCAAAGGAACCUUGCCGGGUGUUCCCGUAGCUCACAAACGUCGUCGCGAAGGUUCUGAAGAUUCUGGAGAGCGUCCAGAUAAUGAAGCGGUACAAACGGUUCCGAAAACCUGGCGUGAAGCUUUGGGAGAUCCUCCAUCACCUGGUACGGACAGGGCAGCGUUGGUUGAAUGGUUACAAUUUCACAAGCGCAAAUGGCGCUGGCAAAUAUCACAACGCGAUUGUCACCAUCGGGAUGUUCGUAACAGUAAACGUAUUCGCACUGCUGCUGAUUCAGGUAGUGUCAGUAUAGCGGCACCAACUCGAGCUGUAACUUUAGGCGGCUUCCUGCGCAAAACGCAACGCUCAUUGAUUGAACAAAGCUGGCAGAUUAUACAGAUUUUACCGGUAGACGACCUGGGCAGCUUUACCGUUUGGGCUAUGGUAGGCGAGGAGUUACACAAAAUACGCCUCUCGGUUCCUCGAAUCUUUUACGUCAACCAACGUACCCCGGCUCCUCCUGAGAACGAUGGAACAGCGACCGGUUCCAAAUCGAUGUGGAAAAAGGUGCACCGUGUGUUGCCUCGUGCACGACCGGUUUAUCAUCUUUACCAGUAUGUGGUUCCGGAGCAGAUAUUUCGCGAUAAUCGUCUCGGUUUGCUCGCUGAUCUUGCCACACCUGAUAUUGAGGGUAUUUACGAAACACAAAUGACAUUGGAGUUUCGUGCUCUCAUGGAAUUAGGCUGCGUAUGCGCGGUUCAACGAUCAGAAGCAAGAACAUUGGCAGCAUUGGCAACGAAAGAUCUCGAUUCGUUCAAUAUACAACAACUCGAAAUGCGUCCCAUUUCCUCUACUGCGUACUUAAAAAGUUCGACGAAUAGUGGCGUGAAUUUGCGAAAGAUAUUCAUUUACCAGCAUGUAUCUCCGACAGGAAAACGGGAAAUGUGGGGUCUAUUCUCGCCAGCCAACAAGAAAGCGCUUGUAAUUGUUCUGGAUACGGUACGCACAAAUCAAUUGCCAACUGUAAAGAAUCUUUACACCUCUGAACGGAUUGCCCUGCUUACUGCCGGUGGUAAAAAUAGAGAAGAAAUGCUUCCACCGCCGGACAUGACAUACGAAGUAUUUAUGGAAAUUGAUGCUAAACAAGUAUACCAGCGUAUUACGCGCGCGCUGACCGCAUAUCGUGACGAAAAACGUGGCCCAACGUUAUUAUGUCUCCAGACAGCUCUUGGACUGCACAAGUUAAAUCAACAUUUGCCCAUAUGCUUAGAGUUUCCUGAGGUUUCUAUUCACAUUGCAGACGAUGCGGCUCUUCUUUCGGGACUCGAUUGGCAACGCCACGGUGCUCGUUCCAUGAUAAGACAUUUCCUUAAUCUAAACCGGGUGCUUCAAAUGAUGCUUGAGCAGUGCCUCUAUUUCCAGCUGCCAUUGGGUAACAUGCCUCCAGACACGGUUCUCUUCGGGGCAGAUUUGUUUUACGCGAGGCUUCUACAACGUCAUAAUUUUGUGCUUUGGUGCUCUUCUGGAGCACGUCCAGAUCUUGGUGGACGCGAAGCGGAUGACAGUCGCUUGCUGGCCGAGUUUGAAGAUAGCAUUUCGGUCGUACAAAAUCGCAUGGGUCUUUAUCGUUCCGUUUGUGUUGAACUAACCGUUGAAAGCUUGGCCGUGUCCGCACUACUCCAGGCAAGCAAAGUGCAGGAGCUAGAGGGCACUUCGUCUGCAAUCACCUUCGAUGUUAUGCCUCAGGCAUCGUUAGAAGACAUGAUCACCAGUGGACCGAAUGGCCAACAACUUUCUAACUACGACGAGACAGCCCUCUGCAGCCAAGCAUUUCGCGUAAUGCGAAUGAUGGUAAAUGCAUGGUUGCGUGAAGUAUCCAUCAAUCGUAAUGUGUUUUCCGACUUCCAAAUCAUUCAUUUCUAUCGCUGGGUACGUUCGAGCCGUGCCCUUCUGUACGAUCCCGCAUUAAGACGCGCACUCAACACACUUAUGCGGAAGCUUUUUCUACAAAUUGUGGCCGAAUUUCGACGCAUGAAAGCAGAGAUAAUAUACGCGGAUUUCAAUCGCAUCGUAAUUGAUACCGGCAAGCGCACCGUUGCCGAUGCCGUUAGCUAUACGGAUUUUGUGGUGCAAAACAUUCGCAAUCGCGAGAUGUUUCACAGCGUUUCGUUAUCCUUCCAUCAAGCGUGGGAAUUUUUGCUGUGGAUUGAUCCCACGAACUACGGUGGAGUGAGAGGAAAUCUACCGAAAGAUGUGAUUGCUUCGGAAGAAAUGGGUACAUUAACAUCGCAAGAAGAAUCAGAAGAGGAGGAGCUAUCACUCGAAAUGAAUUGGAGCAUCUCCGAGCAGCUUCCGGAGGAGAGACGAUGCCGUGCCAAUUUUGAAAGUUUUGUUGUGUCCUUCCUACAAACUAUGGCCGAAGGAGUCUCCCCUGAAAUGGCAUUAAAAAAGUUGGCCUGCACUGCUUAUGGAAUGGUGCAGAAAAUGCAUGACGGGUAUGCACGUGGCGCGAACGGACCAGCAUUGGAGUUUAUCAAGGCUAUUACUAAAGCUUUAGCUGCUUGCAAGGAUACGGAGGAGCAGCUGACGACGAUGCGUCGGAAUAUGUUACUGCUUGUCGGAGUGGGAGACUUUAGUGACAUGGCUUCAUGGAAAGAGUCGAUAAAAUCAUUCGUUCUCACCGAGGUCAUCUGCCAAGCGUGCAACCAUUGCCGGGAUUUGGAUCUCUGCAAAGACACUCAUCGAGCAUUGAAAGACGGGGACUUACCAGUAUGGCUGUGUGCUCAGUGCAACGUGGACUACGAUAACGUCGAAAUUGAAAUGCGGCUCCUCGACGUGGUUCAACGGAAGCUCAUGUCCUACACCUUGCAAGAUCUGCGGUGCAUCAAGUGCAAACAAAUCAAGCGCGAAAACCUCUCGCAGUACUGUACCUGUACUGGAAACUUUGAAAACCUGAUUUCUACGGCUGAGAUACGACGCUUGCUUCAGACGUUCCACACGCUUGCUAAGGACUAUCGCAUGCGUAUACUUGAGGAAACCGUUCAGCAUAUACUGCAAACGUAAGCCGGUACUGUACUGAAGUGCACAAAACGUUCUUCGUGUUACGAUGGAUUUUUGCUUUCGAUGUGCGAGGUUCGAGUUUUAGAUACCAUUUCUUUUCUUAGCCAAAUAAAUAGCUACACAAUUUCAAUACUUUUUA